AUUAGCUUGUUAAGUGUAAAUCGUUACUAUAGUAAGCUACUUGCAUGUAUAUAAUUUCAAGCGUUUGCUGAAUAUAUCCCAAUGCAACUUAAUAAAAUGUAUUAAUUCCCUAUUGUACUUGCAUCAAUGCAAUGGAUGAUUUUAUUUAUGGUGAGGUAGGCUGUAAUGGAUGAUUAAACUGCAAAAUUAAAAUCAGAAUGGGCAGGAUUUUGGAAGCAACUCUAGUGCUGAUAUUUAUGCAGUGCUACUUUACUGCCCAGUCUGCAAAAUCUGAUGAUUCAAUUUUCACAACCCAACGACAGACUUCAGAAAGGAGUAAAAUCCGCAAACAUCAACAGCACUCUUCUCAUUUCUCGUCUAAGGAAAGAAAACCCAAUAUAAUUUUAUUUUUGACUGAUGACCAAGACGUGGAGUUAGGGUCUCUGAACUACAUGCCAAAGACGCUUCGGCUGUUGCGAGAUGGAGGGGCUGAGUUGCGUCACGCGUACACGACCACACCAAUGUGUUGUCCAAGUCGCAGCUCUCUACUGACUGGCCUCUACAUACACAACCACCACGUGUACACCAACAACGACAACUGCUCCAGUCCUCAGUGGCAAGCGACGCAUGAGACUCGCUCCUUUGCUACCUACCUCAGUAACGCUGGCUACCGAACAGGAUAUUUUGGAAAGUAUCUGAACAAGUACAACGGGAGCUACAUUCCCCCAGGAUGGCGAGAGUGGGGUGGUCUCAUCAUGAACUCUCGUUACUACAACUACUCCAUCAACCUGAACGGCAAGAAGGUGAAACAUGGAGACGACUAUACCAAGGACUAUUACCCAGACCUAAUAGUGAACGAUUCAAUCUCAUUUCUGCGCCAGUCCAAGCAGUUCUACAGCCGUAAGCCAGUGAUGCUGGUGUUGAGUUUCCCGGCGCCCCACGGACCCGAGGAUUCUGCGCCACAGUACUCUGACAUGUUCUUCAACGUCACUUCUCACCACACACCCUCGUACGACUAUGCCCCCAACUCUGACAAACAGUGGAUCCUGCAGGUGACUGGCAAGAUGCGGCCGAUACAUCGUCAGUUCACAGAUCUGCUCAUGACCAAACGGCUGCAGACACUGCAGAGUGUGGAUGCUGCUGUGGAGAGGGUUUAUCAAGAGCUAAAGGCACUAGGAGAGUUAGACAACACAUAUAUAAUCUACACUUCCGACCAUGGCUACCAUCUGGGCCAGUUUGGGCUGGUCAAGGGAAAGUCGUUCCCGUUCGAGUUCGAUGUUCGCGUCCCAUUCCUCAUCAGGGGCCCAGGGAUUGAGCCGGGCAGUACGAUAGAGAACAUAGUGUUGAACAUAGACUUGGCACCUACCUUCCUUGACAUUGCCGGGGUCGAGGCUCCUAGCCACAUGGACGGUCGGUCGUUCUUCAAACUGUUGUUCAGAAGAAAGAGGCUGAAAGACACAUUGCAAUGGCCGGACACUUUCCUUAUUGAGAGUAGCGGGAGAAGAGAAACAGCUGAAAUGAUUGCCGAAGCUAAAUUACAAGAGUCACUCAGUACCAUUGAAAAGAAUUUGAAUCAGACAUUGGAAGAAGCUGCAACAGCUGUGGAGGACAACCAGGUGUCUGUGGUGGUGACAGGCAGUAAGUUGGAGAGGCUGGCCAUAGAAUGUCAGAAACCUGAGUUUCAGCCUCCUUGUAGACCUGGCCAGAAGUGGCAGUGUCUGGCCGACGGUAACAGGUGGCGCAAACACAAGUGCAAAUUGAGACCUAGUCUGCUGAGACCCAAGACAAAAAAGUGUGCUUGCUUCACCGCUAAUGGACUAAUGUAUACUAAACUGGAGACCGAGGACCAUCUAGGACACAGGCACUUUCCAAGGACUCAAAUGUCCAGAAGUAGCAGCAAGAGGGAGGAGGCGGAGCUCAGGAGCUUGGCAGGGAGAGGAACAAGAACUGCUCGGAAAGUGAAGCUCAAUAGUGAACAGAACAAUGUACCCAAGAGUGAGGAGACUGAUACCUUCAAACUGGAGAUGCAAGAAUGGCUAGACAGCGACCGAGAGGAACAGAUGGGAGACUGGCUAGAGCCUGUGAGAAGUUGGACAGGAAGAGCUAAGAGAGAUACCAAGAUGAGACUUAAAGCUGGAGUGUUGCAAGAAAUACUCAAUGUCAAGGAGAAGAUACUGAGCCUUGAGGAUCCAGCAAACACUACAGAUGUUGACCAGGAGUGGAACUGCACUGUAGGAGGCACCCCUGGGGUAGGAGUCAGCUGCAGUCACUCCAUAUACAACAGUCCGCAGUCAUGGCGUGCGUCUCAGCAGCGACUGCAGCUGGAGAUACGAAAACUGCGUAACCAACUGGAGAAGCUUAAAGAAAUAAAGAAGUUCCUGAAAGAGAAAAAGCCUUAUGAUCGAAGCACUGAGGAAACUGAUGAAGAUGACGAGGAAGAUAACGAGAGAAAGAUCGAAGAUGAGGAAGACGACGAUGAAGAUCUUUUUGAAGAUAUUUUUGAUGAAGACAACACCACUCUUGCAACUACUGAGAGAAAUUUGAACAAACCUCGCCGAAAACCAAAGAACAGGUUUGUAAACUCAGGAACAAACACAACUGUGGAUGAUAACGACGAUGGUGUCUCAAGAAACGUAUCAGACCUGACUGACAACGAAGAGAACUCUGGUAGAAGGAGGAAACAUAAGGGAAACUCAGAGAACACUGAGACCAACUUCCUCAGUAAACACAGACACAGGCACAAACUGAUACCUUUGCCAGAGAGAGAUAGAGAGAGAGAGACAACUACAUCGUCUGCGGUGAACUACACAACUGGCAGGAAAGAUUGGCCAGGGCCAGGUCCAGGAAGGAUAGAUGUUACAAUUCUUGAGCCAGUCUCUGGACUGAAUCCAAACAGAAAGACGCAAGACUCGCUGCCUCCUGACACCUGCUACUGUGACCCAUACCUCUCAACUCACAAAGAUGAAAAAGAUGUUGCGCGUGAAGCAAGAAGGCGGCUGAAGGAGGAGAGACUGCGGAAGAAAGAGAGAAAAAUGCGGAGAAAAGCAAAGUUGGAGAGUGAGUGUCUGGCAGAAAAGAUGAACUGCUUCAAUCAUGAUAAUGAACACUGGAGAACCCCUCCGUUCUGGACAGAGGGAUCAUUCUGUUUCUGUAUGAACGCCAACAACAACACAUACUCCUGUUUGAGAACAAUCAACAAAACUCACAAUUAUCUGUAUUGCGAGUUUGUCACUGGGCUUGUUACCUUCUACAAUCUUCGGCUAGAUCCGUUUGAGCAGUGGAAUCGAGCGUCGCUGUUGACAGUAGAAGAGAAGUCCUACUUGCAUGACACACUGGAGAAGCUCAAGGGCUGUCGUGGCGCUCGACAGUGUUCUGUCACAUCCAACCAACGACAACACAGCAGACGACAGAAGAUGCCCAACAGCGCAAACAUAAGAGGAAUUGACAGAGGUGUGGAAAAGUAGUUUUUACUAUGUAGAGACGGCAUUGACCGAGUUUGCCAGUGAUCGCUUUUAUUUUCUCAGUUGUCUCCAACAACAUCGAACUUAGUUGUGAUCUAAUUGUAAAUUUCUCUAAUUUAGUUUUAUGUCAGUAUUACUUAGUAGUAUGUAAAUAUUUUAAAUUCUAUCAUUCUUGCGUUAAAACUUUGUUAAACUCAAAUUUAAAGUAAGAGACGAAUUUAAAUAAUUUUUUACCUAAUUGCGACGUUGAGUUUUGAUUUAUGCUUUGUGUUGCUUUUUAUUUCGUGUUUCACUCAUUUUGCCAUUUUUAAGUAGCCACAUCAGUUGCUUUUAUAAAUUAAAAUCUGUGGCGAAGAAACUCAAUGCGAUGGAUGCUGAAAAUCUAUCUAAAUAUUUCUAAAUAUAUAGGUUGUUAAAGCUUACUCAAUAACUUUUUUUAGACUAAUUAUUUGACUGUGUAAAUUGUAUUCGUUUUUAUUUAAAAGUAAUUUAAUUUUUAUUUAUUUAGUUUAGUUGCAUUUAAUAGUUGUAGGUAGGAUAUUAAAUUGUUAUUAUUUUAGUACAUUAGGUUGUAAUUUUUCAUGGGUGUGUUUACAUUGGUCGCUACUCAGGUAACUUGGUGACAUUAUAAGAGCCUGUAUGGGAUUUGAUACUUUAAAAUCAACUUUAAUCACAACAUUUCAAAAUGUAUUAGAUUUCUGUAAUCAAAUUGCUGCCUUGUGCAAUCAAUUCAAAUGUAUUAGUGAUAUGAGUGGUUCCUAAACAGGUUACCCAAGUACCAUUUUGAUGUAAAGUUAAAUUAUUGUUUUCAAUAUACAAGAUGUUUGCUAGCUAGAAACUAGUCAGCUUUUCUUUCAUGAACAUACUUCUGCCGAUGUAAGAAGUUAGGCUUUUCUAACAGGCUUUGUUGCGACAAAUGAGAAUGCCAAUUUUAUUCUAUACUUAGGUCCGUUUUGAAGUAAAGGGACCUUUUGAGAACGUUGAUGAUCUUUGAAUUAUAUUGAUUAUAAUGUUCAUUUCACCUACUAUGCCACUAAGAAGAAAGGGCUUGACUUUUACUCAUUCAGGUAGUUUUGUUAAUACAUUUUUGCUAGGGAGCGAGCUGGUCUAGUGGUAGAGCCUCUGGAGCCCGAGGUCCCGGAUCUGAAUCCCACCAAUCACCAGAGGUUUUAUCUAUGUGAUAAUGCCGCAACCCUCUAGAACUAGCCUGAAAAGUAAUGUGUAAAACCGUUCCGGACUAGAACCUAGCGUCCUAAGAUGUAAAGGUGGGACAUAAGAAACAAUAUUUGCAGAUUAACCAAGUUUCUCUAAAAGUUACCAUUAAACUUAACUUAAGUUUUUAAAAACAAUUUCAAACAUCUGAACUAUAAUGCAUUUUACUUUGACACUUGUGUUGUGUAGCCUACAACAAGAAAAAACCACACACACCUAUAACUUUCUAGCAAACUCUUGUAUUUUUUUAUUUACAACAAACACAUAUUUAAGCUAAAAUUGUUGGCCAAGUAGCGGAUACUAUUAGCUCAUUAUUGUAAACACACCCAGCCCGAUAAGUUUGCAAUAUUACAUCAAGUUGUAUAUUCGUACAUUGAUAAGUUUUGUUGUUCUAAAGGUAUGUUAUUUAUUAUCACAAGGCGAUUUUAAAAUGUAAGUAAAUGAGAAUAAUUUAUUUUAUGAUAUAAAUAUACACGUGCUAGAAACGCUUAUUACCUCUGCCAUAAGGAAUUAUAGUUAAUAUAUUUUUUAGCUCUUUUAAUAUAUAUGACUUAUAAUCUAUUAUAUGUUUUAUUCUUGUGGAUGUUAUUGACUAUAUGUUCUCGUCAGUUACAUGUUUUAGUACUAGUCAGAUAUGAUAAAAGACUUCCUAUUAUUUUCCUAUUUACUGCAAUUUUCAGUUAUUUUAAGCCAAGUUGAGUACGCUUUCUAUCAUAAUACUCUUGGCUACUGUUAAAAAGUUAUAUACAAUUUAUUUUGGGUAUCAAUAUCAGUAAAAUUACUGUUUUGUUUAUUAAUUUUUCUUUGGUAAAUGGGUUAUGCCUUGUCAACCAAGUGGUUUAAAAUAUGUGUACAAAAAUAGCUCAGUCAGGUCUUGUUUGUAUCAUAACUGUUAAACUUUUAUCAAUUUUAAAAUAAUUCUGUAUUACUAUUUGUUAUUAAAUUACAUUUCCGAUCCUAGAAAUCACUCUUUAGUCUCUAUGUAUUCAUAACAAUAAAUUGUAACACUUAAUUAUAAAAUACCAUGCUUUGUUAUUGGUUGUUUAUUUAUUGUAUUAAGUAAGCUGUAGAAAAGUAAUUUUCCUACAGUUACCUGACAAAGUGGGCUUCUUUGCACUGAUUAUCGCUCGCCCAGUAGCUAACUGAUGCACUUACAUACUUCUUCCGCACUCCAGUAUUCCAACCAACACAAAACAGUGUGCUUUUAUUAGGCAUGUAAUACAAGUAUGCUUGAAAAUAAGUUGGCAGCACUUAAAGAUACUACGACUACGAUAAGCUGGUUCAGUGUUUCUCUUUUGUUCAACACUUGGAUAAAACCUUACCUAAAAACGUGUUGUAUAGGGUUGGAAAGACUAAUUAUUUAUAUGCUUUCUUUAUAGUAACUGUAGGAAAAAUAUAAUGUGUAACGCGAGUGCAAAGUGCUUCCUCACUCGAGAAACUUUCCACACUCGCCUGCGGCUUGUGCGUCAACAUUUCUCUCAUGUGCAGCAAAGUGCCACUUCGCCCACUAGUUACACAAAUAACUAUUUUCAACUAAUAUGUCCUGGAGUUUAUUUUAGUUUUGCAAGUGAGUUAUGCCGUAGCCUCCUCUAUUACAAGACCGUGGCAAGACAAAAGUGGCACCUCCGCAGUUUGGCAUUCUGUAACAGCUGUGCACUAAUUUAUAAUUUAUAAUUGUUAAUGUUAACCUAUGUUAACAUUAACGUUACCUAUGUUAACAAGUUUGUUAUUCCUGAUUCCCUGUUACCACACACUUUGUAUUAGAGGGGGCUAUGGUUAUGCCCUAAGAAAACCGAUUGUAAAAAAUGUUAUUGUAGAAUUUAUUCAUUAUUCUGAUGAGUUUUUGUAAACCUUUUUUCUUUAAAGGUCAAUAUAAAUUUUUUACACUAGAUAUAUAAUGCAAAGUUAAUCCUAUAAUAAGCCGGGUUUACACGAUGCCAGUAGGUGAGACAAUUGUCAGAAGACAACUCACUGGCAUGAAAUUAUUGGCUACGUGUAAACACUUCAGGCCAACUGCUCUUACAAUUGACCUGAAAUUCAGUUGUCUCCGAGCGUAGACUGAGGAAAACGAGUAGGACAACUGGCCUCCAACAAUUCCGCAAUCACUAAAUGACAACUGACUCACCAACUGGCAUCGUGUGAACUCGGUUUUAGUACAAAUAUUUUGCAAGUUUAAUUUAUCUAAGUUUGGAAACAUUUUGGUCAUGUAUAACUUUUAUUUUGAAAUUGAUUUACAAUGUCCAUUAAAUUUCCUUGAAUUUCUUUUGCUACUUUGAAGAUUAGUUUAUGAGUUUUUUUUUUUUUAAUUUUUAUUUUACUUCUUAAAGUAAAGUUAAUGAAGUUCUGUGAAAUGUCAUACUCACACAUCUUGAUAUAAACAUUGACAAUAACAUAUUCUAAUAAAUAAAAAAAACAUGUUUUUUUACUGUUUUGGCUUUUGAUGUUGUGAAUUAAAAGCUCUAUCGAAUUCAAAGUCUAAAGCAAUAAUUGCUUUAGAAAUGUGCACCCUAUGUUGACUAUCUUUAGAUUCUGACUUUGCAUUUACAUUUUUCCUUUAGUUUCUUAGUUGCAUCUCAUCUGGUAGUAGUGAACACAUAGAUUACUUCUUAUCAAUACUUUGUGCCAGCUUAUGACUAAUUUGACAGGGUAAGUGAGUCGAAAGCAAUAUGUAGAGGAAUUAAGAAUAGUAGCAGCCCGUUGUUCCAGUUAUCGGAUGAAUCAGUUUUAGAUCAAAUAAAAUGACUGCCAUUUUAAA